GAUGUCUUGGUGUCAACUUGACCACAUGACUUCUAAGGGGUUGGUUGUGAUUGGUCCGAGAGUGCCCCAGGGGGACAUUCGGACCAAUCAAAUCGAGGCUUUUGCAAGUCAGCUGGAAGAGCGCGCACGCUGAUUGGCUUAGCGCAGUUUGCGAACUAUUAUAAGUGUACUGAGGCAGCGCACGACCACAGCCUGUUAGAAAUUGUUGGGACAGCUUGCGGCGGAUGGUUCACGAUGAAUCCUCCUAAGGGACCCGUUGAAACGACAGCUCAAGAGAAAUCGGAUUCGGACAGCGAGGUAAGUCAAAAGCCGAAAGAUAUGACCACCGACACAGGACAUAAAGUGAAGAAGACGUACCUCCCGUUCAGUGUUGAAUCCCUGAUGGCCAAAUCCAGCUGCCAGGUCGCUUGUUCCCCGGCGAGACUGGGACUGCAGGGACAGGACUUAGUAAGGACUUACUUUGCUGAGAAACCCAAAGUUUCUGUGGACAGUUUGUCAAGCGUUUCGGACAGCCUAAACGACGACAGUGGCGAAUUAAGCGAUAAGGAACAGAGCACUUGGUCAAACUCCUCAUCUUUCACAUCUCCUCCUCGUCAUCCGAGCCCACCGCCGUGCACCUUACGCAAGCACAAGACUAAUCGCAAGCCGCGCACGCCCUUCAGCACCUCCCAGCUGCUGUCCCUGGAGCGCAAGUUCAGACAGAAACAGUACCUCUCCAUCGCCGAGCGGGCCGAGUUCUCCAGCUCCCUCAACCUCACCGAGACUCAGGUCAAGAUCUGGUUCCAGAACAGGAGGGCGAAGGCCAAGAGACUUCAGGAGGCCGAGCUGGAGAAGUUCAAAUGCGCCUCCAAGCCGCUUCUGGCCCCCUUCGCGCUGCCCUUCCCUCUGGGAUCUCCAUCAUCUCUGUACGGAUCUCCAGCCUCUUUCCCGCGGCCCGUUCCGAUGCCAGGACUAUUUAACGGACCCGUGUCUUAUGGGAUGUAUUAUUUGUCUUAAAAACAUGAAUCUGACGGCUUCUUCCACUUUGAAAUGACUUGCGCAAAUAUGAACGUUUACACGAAACUCACAGGGAAAAUCAGGCUACUAUAAUAGCGUUGGUUAUUGCGCAAAUAUGUGCUGGAUAAAUUGAAAGAACAACAUGUACUUUUGUAGGCUAAUUAAUUCGAGGAACAGUUUCUAAUUACUCUUGGUUAUUACUGUAAUUAAUUAUAAUAUCAUCAUGGGCACGGCAAUGCCACAUUUGAACCCAAUUCCCUAAAGCCACAUGAAAUGACGGAAGGAAGCUGCUGUAUAUUUGGUUGUGUUCUGUUUUUCGUGUUGUAUACUGACGUGCUCUUGUGGAGCAGGUAGAUGUGUAACUCUUUUAAGAUCAUCUGACACGGAGGUUACCCGUCAGAAGAAGUACUUAUGGGCCUUAUGUUGGAAGUGCCU